AUGGCUACAUCAACAUUUCGUUCUAAAUCAACGGCACUCGAAGUUGUCAAAGGAUUAAAUGCAAAAUUAAAUAGAAAAGUAGUGAUCAUUACUGGUAUUGGUCUUGAAACUGCUCGUGCAUUGUCAUAUGCAAAAGCACAUACAGUUAUUACAGUACGUGAUAUAAAUAAAGAUAAUAAUCAAGUCGAAGUAAUGGAAAUGGGUUGUACAUCACUUCAAUCGGUGAGAAAUAUUGUUUCUCAAUUUCGAACACGUCAAUUACCAGUUCAUAUUCUUAUUUGUAAUGCAGGAAUUACAGCACAUCCAUAUUUGAAGACAGUUGAUGGUUUUGAAUUACAUUUUGAUGUUAAUCAUUUGGCUCAUUUGCUUCUCACUACCAGUCUUCUAUCUGAACUCAAAGAAGGAAAACCAUCACGGGUUAUUAUCAGUAAAACAGCUAAUAUUCUCUUUGCUCAACAAUUCAAUAAAUUAUAUCAAUCACAAGGUAUUCGAGCAUAUUCUUUGCAACCAGGUGGGAUUCUUACUAAUUUAAAACAACAUAUACCAGAAAAAGAACAACGUGCGAUGGGAUGGUAUAAAGAUGAUGAAACAUUGAUUGCUAUUUUUAAAACUGUUCAACUAGGUGCGUCAACUAUUGUUUAUGCUGCUCUCACACCUGAACUUGAUAAUUAUGGUGGAGAAUAUCUUGAAGAUUGCACCAUUAGUAAAGGUAUCAAUCCAGAUAAAACAGUCUUGGGUAUAGCGCCACAUGCAGCAGAUAUGGAAGCAGUGGAACAUUUAUGGAAGUUGAGUGCGCAAAUAGUAUCAGGGAAAGAAUAA